AUGGUGGUGGAAUUUGUUGCCCCAACACUAGUGAAUGGAGAUAUGGAAGUUACUAUUGAUGAAGUUGAUGUAGCAGAGGAACUGGAGUAUUGGGAGAAUGCAGUAACUCUGUUUGCCCUAGGGGAAAUUCAAUGCAUGCUGUCAAGAAAUUCGUGGAAAAAUCUUGGAACUUUGUCGCUUUACUGGACCUAUACUACAAUGACGCGAGAUAUUUCAUUGUGGGAUUCAAGAAUAACGACAAUAAGGAGAAGCUCAUGA